AUGCAUUUCUCCGCCUUUGUACUUGCCUUAACGAUGGCCGCCGGGUCAGUCUCUGGAGUGACCAUUCGUAACUUCAGGAACACGUCGUGCAAGGGAACCACCUACAAGCAAUGCAGCGGCAUCUUACCUUGGCAGUGCUGCUCUGGUGGCCCAACCAGCUCAGGGGUAGUCUCCUCGUCAGAAUUCAUGGGCAUGCCCCCUACCGCUCUCGGAUCCAUCUGCAAAGCGAAAGGCGCUACUAAUUGCGGUGAAGUCGCUCACUCUGGUUCCGGCUCGCGAUUCUGUAUCGGCGCGGCCAACUGCAGGGGAUCUUUAUGGAUGGACUGCAACUAUUGUAGCAAGCGCGAUCUCGCGAGUGGAAACGGGAUCCCCAAAGAGCUCCAAGGGCUCAGCGCGGAGAGUUCUGUUGAACCCGACACCGUUGCUUUUGACGAUCACCAAUUCAAAUUCGACGAUUCAGUUCCUGCAGACGUGAAGCAAAAGUUUAACGACUUGUUUGAAGCCGAGGCUAGUUACGCGGACAUUCCCGAGGAGCUCAGGCAGUACGAACUUAAGGGUAGCGAGCGCAGGGGGCUUGAUGACCUGGAGGAGUUGGAAGCCUCUGGGCAGUUUGAGUAA